AUGGAGGCCAAACCUCAGAAACCGUCGUUUUUGUCUCUUAUUUUCUGCUGUGGUGCUAAUUUUGUGAAUGACAGUGAUGCAUCUCUGCAAGUGGGUUCGUCCCCUGCUCGUCCCUCAACAGUUAGCAUCGGAAAGAAGGCGGUAUCAGGCCAGCUGGCAGAUGAAAAAUCACUGCCACCUCAGCCAGCGAUCGUAGACGUCACCGCAACAACCACCAUUGAGGAACCCGAGGGGGUAAGUUUUUACUGGCAUGGAUCUCGUUGGGAACUGUGGAGCGCUGGAGCUAUGACUUCCAUUGGACGGCGUGGUUGCUUUAUAGAAUGUGAAGCAUACUGCUCAGAGGAUGAGCACCCUCAAUCACAAGAGGUUGAGCUUACUGGGCUGCUUGGUCCUAUUGCACCAGAACACACUGGCAGAAAGUGCCUAGUAUUGGAUCUAGAUGAAACCCUUGUCCAUAGUUCCUUCAAGCUUAUCCCCCAAGCUGACUAUGUAGUCCCUGUCGAGAUUGAUAAUCAGUCACACAAUGUUUAUGUAAUCAAACGUCCAGGGGUCGAUACCUUUUUACAAAAGAUGGGGGAGCUGUAUGAGGUUGUCAUCUUUACCGCCAGUUUAUCUAAGUAUGCUGAUCCUGUUCUUGAUAUGCUGGAUGUGCAUCGAGUUAUCAAGCAUCGUCUUUUCAGAGAAUCUUGCUUUAAUCAUAAAGGAAACUAUGUGAAGGAUCUUUCUGUAAUAGGCCGAGACUUAAAGAAUACAAUUAUUAUCGACAAUUCUCCAGCAAGCUAUAUCUUCCAUCAAACCAAUGCGGUUCCGAUCUCUUCUUGGUUCAAUGAUCCGCACGAUACCGAACUGCUGGACCUUAUCCCAUUCCUAGCGGAUUUAACUGUGGUGGAUGAUGUGAAUCCUAUACUGGAUAUGACCAACGAGGAGCAAGCAUAA